UUGGCUACCUGCUAUCUUCAACUUGUUCUUCACCGCACUGUCACACCCUGCUUACAUUUUGCUACAUAUUGGUCUAUCCAUAUAAUGGCUUUGCUAGAACUGAAAACUAGAGGCUGCGUCUGCGCUACCAUUGAUGUUCCUGCUGAAGUUAAGAUACAUCUUGAUUCCGUUGCAAAUGAAUUUACCGAGCGUCACUCACAGCAGCAAUCUGCGCCACCGACACCAAUUGAGCUUGUCGCACAAUUCCUCGAGUUCUGUGCCACACGCAUCCCUGAACCCCCAGCUACCGCUCUUCUUGCAGCAUUUACCGAGCAGUUCUUGGGUGGAAAAGAUGUCCAUGUGGCCGUCGCCGAUUUGGGGCUAUCCGCAGAGCAAUCACAUGCAAUCAUACGUGCCUACCAUGCAGCCGCUCCUGCGUACCCCCCCGUCACACGUCCAGCACUGUUUUCUGAUCCGAAAAUCAAACUGCUGGCGAUCUUUGGCGGUCAAAUAGCUACCAAGGCAUACAUGGACGAGGCGCAACAGGUAUUCGACAUGUACCGCCCGAUUGUCUAUUGUUUUGUCCAGGAAAUGUCAGGGUUCCUUGCCUCAGCAUCAUCUGAUCCCGAAUUCAGUAGAUGGUACAAAUAUGGACUCGAUCCACUUUCGUGGCUCACACGCCCAGAAACCAUGCCCGGCAUCCAGUACAUGCUCUCUAGCCCGGUGAGUAUCCCGAUGGUUGGGCUGAUCCAGAUGAUGCAGUUGCUUGUCGCCUACAAAACCCUCAGGAUGACACCUGGGGAAUUUGCCAAAUCAUUUUCAGCUGCAGCUGGCCACAGCCAAGGCAUAUCCACGGCUGCUGUGAUGGCUGCAUCACAAACUGACGGCCAGUAUUCCAAAAACUGCAUGUCGGUGCUGGGGUUGCUAGUUCUGUGUGCAACAUAUGCAGAUUUGUAUGUGCCAUCCUUGCCGAUCGGCAAAAGACUCGUUCAAGAUGCCAUAGAUCAUGAGAACAGCAAGCCAACCCAAAUGGUGUCGGUUGGAAAGCUAACAAAGUGCAAGCUGUCACAGCUCAUCAACGAUUUUAAUUUGACAGUCUGUACGCCAAAAGACAAGGUGUAUUUGUCAUUGCAAAACACUGCUACCAGCCAUGUUGUCUCUGGCCAAAUACCAAGCAUAGUUAGAUUUGUGCGAAUGCUGCGAGCCCAGUGUGCGUCCUCACAUACUGACCAGUCACAGGUGCCAUUUGCUAAGCGGAAGCCAGUGGCAGAUAUCAGCUAUCUGGCAAUUGACUCUCCCUAUCACUGCCAGAUCCUUGAGUCAAUUACCGACAUACAGUAUGCAUAUGCGGAAAAAGCUGGAUGGCUGCUCACUGCGCAGGACCUACAGAUCCCUGUCCGGGCUGGUGAUGAUGGUCAUGACAUCUGUUGUGAGCAGAAUCUGACAAAAUACCUGCUAAAGUCGAUGUGCGUUUUGCCCGUUAACUGGGCUACAGCAACUGCCCAUCCUGGAACAACACAUAUAAUAGAUUUUGGACCAGGUGGGCUCCGUGGAUUUGGAUCAAUGACAUCCACAAACACGGAAGGAAACGGGAUCCCGGUAAUAUGUUUUGGUGCACUAACCAAGGGAAGCUCAUAUCUAGGCGUAAAGUCCGACAUGUACCAGCCCGCUCUAAAAUCAUUCAGCUUGCGAAGCUGGGUAUCUGAAUUCUCUCCAACGCUGAUCCGUACCGCCUAUGAUGGCCGACUGCAUAUAUCCACACGCAUGAGCAGACUGCUAGGAAAGCCACCUAUAAUGGUUGCUGGGAUGACGCCUACCUCUGCUAACUCCCAGUUUGUUUCCGCUGUUAUCAACGCCGGCUAUCAUGUGGAACUGGCAGGCGGGGGCCACAUCAACGAAGAAUCAUUAGUAGCCACGAUAGAUCAGAUCAUCAACACUAUCACUCCUGGCGAAGCAAUCUCACUGAACUGCAUCUAUAUCAACCCAUCGCAGUGGCAGUUCCAAUACCAAGCAGUUCAAAUGCUGCGCAGGCGCGGAUACCCGAUUGACAGCCUUUGUAUUGGUGCUGGUGUCCCGUCGCUGGAUGUCGCAAACGAAAUUAUACGAGCCAUACGCUCAGCUGGGUUGCGUUUUGUUGCAUUCAAACCAAGCUCAGCAUAUACCAUUCGCCAGGUAAUUGCCAUUUCCAAGGCGAACCCUGGCUUCCCUGUUGCACUGCAGUGGACCGGUGGGCGAGCUGGCGGACACCACUCGUUGGAAGAUGUGCACCAGCCUCUUCUAGAGACCUAUGCAGAGAUUCGACGGCACAGAAACAUCGUGCUAAUUGUCGGGUCAGGACUGGGCGGUGUUGAAGAUACUUUUGCGUUCAUUUCAGGCAGCUGGAGCAACAAAUUUGGAUAUAGUAAAAUGCCAGUCGACGGGGUUCUGCUUGGCUCACGCAUGCUUGUUGCCAAGGAAAGCCUGGCCAGCCCCGGCGCCAAACAGCUGAUAAUUGAUGCAAAAGGUACCCCUGACUCAGAAUGGCACCAGUCGCUCAAGUCGUCAGCCGGUGGUGUCAUCACUAUCAAGUCCGAGUUUGGCGAGUCUAUCCACGUUAUUGCCAACCGCGCAGCCUUGUUUAUUAAGGAGCUUGAGGACACUGUGUUUUCUCUGCCGCGCGAAAAGCAACUGGAAAAGCUGCGCCUAGACAAGGACUAUAUUAUUCGCCGUCUGAAUAGCGAUAUGCACAGACCAUGGUUCGGAAAGAAGGCCAGCGGCCAACCUGCCGAUAUUGAAGAAAUGACAUACGCUGAAGUCAUUGACCGGUUAGUUGAGCUCAUGUAUGUCCAUGACCACUGGAUCCACCAGAGCUACAGGAACCUUGUUGGUGAAUUCCUGCACCGUAUUGAGGAGCGGUUUGCCAAUUGCGAGCAGACCCAAGAAAUUUACACUUACUCGCUGCUUGACGAUCCGCAGGAAAUCAUCGUUCAUAUAUUCUCACUUUUCCCGCAGGCAAAAACGCAGGUGCUCCAUGUGUGUGAUACUCAGUUCUUGAUGCACUUGUUCCGGAGAAAGGGCCAGAAGCCAGUCCCAUUCGUGCCAGUGCUGGAUGGGGAUUUGGCGUACUGGUGCUUGAAGGAUUCGUGCUGGCAGUCGGAGGACCUCGAUGCAGUUGUUGAUCAGGACCCACAGCGUGUUUUGAUUCUUCAGGGCCCAGUCGCUGUAAGGUAUUCACAAUCAGCCGAUGAAUCGGUCAAAGAUAUCCUGGACAGCAUAUAUGAUGGGCACAUACAGAAGCUACUUCAUGAUCAAUAUGGUGGAGAUGGCAGGAAUGUGCCAGUUGUCGAGUCUAUGAUCCCGUGUGGGCAAUACCAAACAUCAGUCCCUGGUGUUUCUACCUCAAAAUCAGACACAGAAUGGGUGUUUACAUUCACUGACACCGAGACUUUGCUGCCUGAUAGAGCUGAAUGGCUCGAACACCUUGCCGGUCCACAUCCAAACUGGCUACGUGCUUUAAUCACAUCACCGGUUCUUGUUGUAAACAGCAUGUUGCAUGAGAACUAUAUUCAGCGUAUACUUCAGCCGCGCCCAAGCACUACUACCAAGGUUGGCCUUAGGUCUGGUCACCCAAAUUCGCUAGAAGUAUUCAGUGCAUCUGGGGAAUCGGUUAUCCACAUAUCCAAGGAUGAUCACGACACCAUCUAUCUCGGUAUGCAUUUCGUAGCCAGAAAUAGGAAAAGUACCCUCGAAACACUAUUUUCAUACCACCCAUCUACGCCCUUUGCGCCCAUCAGUCAGACUAUGGAUGGCCAUGAUGUCCGGGUCAAGCAUUUCUAUGCGCAGCUGUGGUUCGAUAAUCUGAGCACUGAACUCGAUACCAUCCACUCGUUUAACAUCACACACGAUCUCGUCAUUGACAAGUAUGAAGUAACCAAAGAGGAUGUGUUACAAUUUUGUCAGGCAGUUGAAAAUACGUCAUCACGAUGCAUGGGCAUUGAUGUAGAUAAUGGCAAAAUCCAGGCACCGAUGGAUUUUAUCGGCCGCGCAUGCUUUGAAAUUACAUGCACAGCCAUCCUACCCAUGUCUAUCAGAGGAGAUAUAUUGCAAUUGGUGCAUUUGUCAAACGGCUUCCGGAUACUGGGUGAUUCGAAGCCAAUAAUGGUCGGCGACAAGUUGAGUUGCCGUGCAAAAAUAACCGAGAUUACAAUCGAAGACACUGGGAAGCGAGUUGCAGUUAGCGGCACUGUUUUCCGCGAGUCAAAGCCCAUAGCAGGGCUGUCCUUUGCAUUCUUUUACCGCGGGACCUUUGAAGAUUUUGAAAACACCUUUCGGCUUGUGCAAGAGCCAUAUUACAAGGUUGAUUUGAAAACAGACAUUGAUGUUGCUGUCCUGCAGUCGAAGGAAUGGUUUGUAAUGCGCGAUUCCAUAUCGCCAGAUACUCUCAAGUCAGGUGCUGUUCUCGGGUUCUGUCUGGAAUCCAGAUACCAGUUUAAAAACAGAAGUACAUACUCACAUGUCAAGACCACAGGGGAGGUUUUCAUGCAGCUACCGCACAGCAGGUGUAGGCACAUAGCCGAUGUUGACUUUGAGUGGAACACAAGCUGUAACAACCCAGUAAUCGACUACCUGAAAAGAAAUGGCAAGGAGGCUGGCUCGCCUAUUUAUUUUGAGACUGGUGGGUAUUCGCUAAUCCCUGGCUAUGCUGAAACCCACACUGAAGUGAUGGCCCCAUUGUCAAACAAGGCCUAUGCUGAGGCAUCUGGUGAUUAUAAUCCUAUACACACCAGCCCUUAUUUUGCAGACCGUGCUAACCUUCCUGGAACAAUUACACACGGGAUGUGGACCAGUGCUAAUACACGCAGGUUUGUGGAGAUUUAUGCUGCCGACAGCCAUCCAGAAAGGAUAUUAUCAUAUGACAUCAACUUUGUCAAUGUCGUCUUGCCCGGGGACAUCCUAAAAACCGAACUGUCUCAUGUUGGGAUGAAAGACGGGAAUAUGCUAGUGAAUAUCCAGACAUUCAAUCAGAACGAGUGUAAAGUACUUGAAGGUACAUCGGAAGUGCGCCAACCGCCAACCUGUUAUGUAUUUACUGGCCAAGGAUCCCAACAUGUUGGAAUGGGUAUGGAUCUGUAUCACAGAUCAAAAUCAGCGCGCAAAGUCUGGGACCGAGCCGAGAAUCACAUGCUGAGCACAUAUGGGAUAUCCCUACUUCACAUUGCAAAUGCCAACCCUCUAGAUCUGACUGUGAGGUUUGAUAGCACUAGGGGAGAUAUCAUACGACAAAACUAUAUGAGUAUGGCGUCUAGAUCUCAGAGACACCGUUAUCCAUCGUCGAUCUUCCCAACAGUCCGAGCAGACGCUCAGUCAUUCACGUUCACAUCCCCAAAUGGCCUACUCCAUUCAACUCAGUUCACGCAGCCAAUUCUGUGUGUUUUUGAGAUGGCAGCUAUUGCUGACAUGCGUGAACAAGGUGUAAUUUCCUCUAACGCAUGCUAUGCUGGCCAUUCUUUUGGCGAGUAUAGCGCGCUGGCCUCCUUGCCAAAUAUUUUCUCUGUUGAAGCAGUACUUGAUAUUGCAUUCUAUCGUGGAUUGUUGAUGCAAUCUUCCAUUGAGCGAGAUAGCCAGGACCGUUCUCCAUACGGGAUGAUGGCAGUGAAUCCAAGAAAGAUACAUCCGGACUUUGGUGCAGACCAGCUACUCAAAACAGUUGAGAUGGUCUAUACUACUGGCAAUGGGCUGCUUGAGGUGGUCAACUUUAAUGUAGAAUCCAAGCAAUAUGUAGUAGCAGGAGAACGCAGGCUACUUGGAACUCUGAGCAAUGUACUAGACAAGCUUGCAAUAGAGAAUUAUGCCAGUCUGACGGAUAUGGAUAGAAAAAUAAGAGGCGUAGUGUAUGGCGCGUUGGCUGGACAGUCAGGGUCGUUCAAAGACAAUUUUGAUACCUGUGUAUCGAAGGGCAUUUCAACAAUCCCGCUUGAUAACAUCGAUAUUCCAUUCCAUUCCUCAGUAUUGCUGAAUAGCGUGAACUCUUAUCGCAAUAUUCUACUUGAGAAACUGCCGAUCGAGGCAGUUAGAUGCACAUCACUCUGCGGAAAGUACAUUCCAAAUAUCACUGGUAAACCAUUUAGGGUUAGCCAGUCAUACUUUGAGACGUCUUACCAGCUGACAGCAUCAACAAUUCUCUUAAAAGAGCUACAGAGUUGGAACCCAGAAUAUGCAAAGAAAGCAGGUGAAUCUAGGCGGCUUGCCCGUACUCUCCUUAUUGAACUGCUUGCUUAUCAAUUCGCAUUACCUGUCCGCUGGAUAGAGACGCAAGACACAGUGUUUACUGAGAUAAAGGUAGAAAGGUAUAUUGAGAUCGGCCCCACACCCAUUCUAUGCGGAAUGGCUCGAGACACUCUCCGCAUCAAAAGCGGUAUACUUGGGGAAUCAUCCUGGAAUAAUGAGGUUGAUGUACUUUGCUAUACCGAAGACCAUGAUGAGGUAUACUACAAUCACCGGGAUCCAGAGUCCCAGGUAGACACCUCUGCUUGUCUUGUUGAGCCAGAAACUAAUGUGGAAUCCACAGUAGAAACUUUCACUACCCCCAACAUUGGGCCUGUCGCAGAUUCAUCUACAGCCAGACAUCUUAUACCAGACAUGCCCAUAACUUCACUGGAGGUGAUACAUGCAAUCAUCUGCCACAAGCUAAAGAGGCAGCUAAGCGAAGUAUCGACGGCAAAAUCCAUCAAGGAGCUGUCAGGCGGAAAGUCAACUUUGCAGAACGAGAUCCUAGGAGAUUUACAAAAGGAGUUUGGCGAUGAUAUUCCCGACAAAGCAGACGACCUCCCGCUAGCAGAGCUGGCAGAUAUAGUGUCGUCGUUUUCUCGGAAGCUCGGACCUCAUACGCAAACCGUUCUGGGGAAGAUGCUAGCGUCAAAAUUGCCUGGAUCUUACACAGUCUCCAGAAUUCGAGAUAUUCUGAAUCAGCAAUACGGUUUGGAAGUGUGCCGUCAAGAUGGCGUGUUUCUAGUUGCGGUGACAAUGGAACCAAAAGAGAGACUAACCAGUGAGAAAGAGGCAAGCGCAUGGGUUGACAGAGUAUCAAAAGAAUAUGAAAGGAAAGCUGGAAUUUCAUAUAGCCUGGCUGGUAGCGCUAAAAGUAACGGACCAGGAAGUCCACAUACAAAAAUCAUCAUCAAUAGUGCCGAGUUUGCAGAGUCAAAGACUGCGCUGAACAAAUUAGCCAAAUGCCAGAUGACUGCCCUUGCAAAUUAUCUAGGAGUUGACCUACGGGAUGGUCAGCGCUACUACGAAGUAUCCACCUACCAGAGCACAUCUCUUCAAAGGCAAAUCAAUGACAUCGUGAGCGAGCUUGGUGAAGAGUUUAUUGGAGGAAUCAGGGGAGUAUUUGAUCGCAAGAAGGCUCGUGUAUUUGACUCGUACUGGAACUGGGUGCGCCAAGAUACACAGGACCUCCUAUGUAAAAUCGAAAGAGGAUCUUUGGAAGUAAUCAGUACUGAGAUUGAGCAGCAGAUAUUGGAUUUGGCUAACAGAGCAACACCAAGCACGAUUAAUAUGCUGCACAACUGGCUUUCUGGGCCAGUUUCAACAGCAAUAAGAGCCAAGCAACCCAAGCUCAUUAAAAUGCUACUCCAAAUAUGCAAGUCAGCAAUUGGAAAGCAGCCAUUAUACAGGAAUGUGCUGGCUCAAACUAGCCCGCAUGUCACAGUUUCCAGAGUAGGCAACCUGAAAUAUAAGGAAAUCCUGCGGCUGAAUCAACCUUCAUUCAAGGAGUAUAUCCAGAACAUGAAGGUUGGUGUCGGCGAUGGAGUUCCUGCUAUAUACAUAAAGGCCCGUGUGUCUUCAAGAGAACAGCAGCUGGAUUGGAAGCAAACAAACGAGUAUUUCAAUGUACUCUCUAGUAUUGUCGACUAUGGAAUCACUUUUACUGGGAAAAAAGCACUGGUCACUGGCUGCAGCCAGGGCUCAAUUGGUGCUGAGGUUAUUCGUGGGCUGCUUGCCGGGGGCGCUCAAAUCGUGGCUACUACCUCAAGCUACAGUCAAGAGACAAUACUCCACUUCCAACAUCUCUUUCAGAAUUUUGGCGCAAAGGGCUCAAAACUAAUUGUAGUGCCAUUUAAUCAAGGCUCUGUGCAUGAUGUUAGUAGCCUUAUUAGCUUCAUAUAUGACAAACCGACUCGUGGAGAUGCACUCGGAUGGGACCUUGAUUAUAUUCUACCAUUUGCCGCCAUAUCGGAGACUGGUAACGACAUAACGAAUAUCGACUCUCGCUCAGAACUAGCACACCGGGUGAUGCUGACAAACCUGCUCCGUCUUCUGGGGGAGGUCAGGUCCCGUAAAUCGAGGGGCGGCAAAAAUGUUGGCUGCACACAGGUGAUAUUGCCCAUGUCGCCUAACCAUGGCGACUUCGCAUCAACUGGUUUGUACAGCGAGAGUAAAAUCGCGCUAGAGGUAUUGUUUACACGCUGGUAUUCCGAGUCAUGGUCAGGCCAGCUGGCAAUCACAGGCGCGGCAAUUGGAUGGGUUCGUGGUACGGGUCUCAUGGAUGGGAGCAACCUUGUUGCAUACGGCGUCGAAAAGCAUGGAUUGAGGACAUUUACCACACAGGAAAUGGCGCUAAACAUAAUUGGAUUGAUGCAUCCGACAUUCACAUCCAAGGCUCAGCACGGCCCGGUGUGGGCUGAGCUGUCUGGGGGAUUCCACCUUAUUCCGAUGUUGGAAAAGACCACCGCUGCAAUACGUAGCGAAUUACGCUUCGUGAGCACCCGAAACAGUGCAAUAUUUGCAGAGCAUGGCCUUGAUAUAUACAGUGUAUCUGGACCGCGAGGGAAAAUCAUCUACACCGAGCCACGCUUUAAACCAAAAGCAAACAGCACCAUUGAAUUUCCGCACGCAAGGUCGUUUGAGGAUCUCCAGCAGAUGCAUUAUCUGCAGGGAAUGCUGAAUCUGGAUAAGGUUGUAGUCAUAGCGGGGUAUGGCGAGGUUGGCCCCUAUGGCAGCUCUGCCUGCCGCUGGGAGAUGGAGGCAUAUGGCGAAUUAUCGCUCGAAGGCUGCAUUGAGUUAGCUUGGAUCAUGGGUCUCAUCAAGCGUGCUGAUGGCAAAAACGGCUACUUUGGAUGGGUGGAUGCUGCAUCGGAAAAUCCAAUUGAUGACUAUGAUAUCAAGCCAAAGUACGAAGGCUACAUACUAGAGCACACUGGUAUUCGACUGAUCGAGCCAGAAAUGACGCACGGCUAUGACCCAAAGAAGAAGCUUGCGAUGCGCGAGCUGCAUAUCGAACAUGAUCUGGAACCUUUUGUGACGACAGCCGAAGAGGCUGCUGAUUUUAAGCGCCAAAAUGGCGACAGUGUCGAUUCGUGGCUAAACAACGACGGCUCCUGGUCGGUCAGGUUCUUGAAGGGUGCAACGCUGAUGGUGCCGAAGGCGAUAAACUUUGAUCGACAUGUAGCAGCCCAGCUACCAACCGGAUGGAGCCCCGAAGUCUAUGGUAUCCCCAAAGAUAUCAUCGACCAGGUCGACCCCAUUACAUGCCAAGCGAUUGUUGCUACGGUGGAGGCACUAAUGCGAUCAGGCAUCACUGACCCCUACGAGCUUUACCAAUAUAUGCACGUAUCCCAAGUUGGGAGCUCGGUUGGGUCAGGAAUCGGAGGUGCUUGGUCCAUGCGUCGAAUGUACAAAGACAGACUAGUUGACAAAGAAGUGCAAGGCGAUAUUGUCCAAGAGUCGCUUAUCAACACCGUCAACGCAUAUCUCAACAUGCUCCUACUGUCGUCAUCAGGCGCGAUAAAGCCAACGGUCGGGGCGUGUGGAACAGCUAUUGUCUCGAUAGAUGUGGCUGUGGAUACGAUACGGUCUGGAAAGGCGAAAGUGAUGCUAGCAGGCGGGUGCGACGAUUUCAGCGAGGAGGGCUCGUAUGAGUUUGGGCAAAUGAUGGCAACCAGCAAUACGCUAGAGGAAUUUGCCCGCGGCCGCACACCCAAUGAGAUGUCUCGUCCGUGCACAUCGACGAGAAGCGGGUUUGUUGAGAGCGGUGGUGCUGGAAUCGUUGUGCUCAUGUCUGCAUCAGCGGCAAUUGAAAUGGGCGUGCCAGUAUACGGAAUUGUUGCCAUGACGUCAACAGCAACAGAUAAAGAAGGUCGCUCUGUUCCCGCACCUGGACAGGGAAUAUUGACAACUGCUCGUGAGCGGACACUGGUGGCGGUCGAUCCGACCCUGGAUAUAAACUACCGCCGGCAGCAGCUCGACCAUCAGCGUGAAACUAUUGGCCAGUGGGUUCACGAAAAGCGCAGCUAUGUCAAGAAAACAUUCCAGGAUCAAGCCCUGCAAGAGCACUUGAGCCUGAUCGAUAUCGAGGCCAAAAGGCUGCUCAAGAGCGCCCAAGACACUUGGUCAAUGGAUAUUUGGAGAGACAGUCCAUACGUUUCGCCGCUAAGAGCCAGUCUCGCAACCUGGGGCCUGACAAUAGACGAUAUUGGUGUGGCUUCUUUCCAUGGCACAUCAACCAAGGCGAAUGACCUCAACGAAUCGCGGGUACUGAACCGACAAUUGCAGCAUCUUGGACGUGGGAAGGGGAAUGUGCUGCCGAUUGUGUGCCAAAAGUGGCUUACAGGACACCCCAAAGGCGCAGCGGCUGCUUGGAUGCUGAAUGGUGCUGUCCAGAGCCUUCGCACAGGCAUAAUUCCAGGAAACAGAAACGCAGACAACAUCGACGCUGAAUUGGAGGAGUUUGAGCACUUGCUGUACCCCUCAAGAACGAUUUGUACAAGUGGGAUAAAAGCCUGCAUGUUGAAGUCGUUUGGGUUUGGCCAGGUUGGCGGAGAGAUUGUUGUUGUGCAUCCCGACUAUAUCCUGGCAGUGCUGUCUAAGGACGAGCUGGAUGCUUACCAAGAAAAGGUGGGUGCUCGCAAGGUAAAAGCCAUACGCCAUCACCGUGAGAUUAUGUCAGGUUUUCGGCCAUAUGUCAAGGUGAAGACACACCCUCCAUACAGCCCACACCAGGAGGUGGAACUCUACCUCGACCCGCUUGCACGAGCGACUUCUGACCUGCCACACUCAGUGGCAGAGUAUCGUAUCAAUGCCACUCAGUAAUCGCGGAACAUGCCAGCAGCCACCAUUAGACACAUGUAGCUUGGGUGCACUUAUAGUUAUUGCUUUAAUAUAUAAAUGAUGCAGUAUAGCCACUGACGGCUACACAGGGUGAGGGUAAAGGGGAAAUGAGAAGUGGGAAAUGCGGAGAUGUGAAUAAAGCUAGAUUUCCUGCUUGUCAACGACAUUGACCGUGCCAG